AUGGCCUACGAAAUGAAUUUGAAUCUCAAAAUCGUGGCAGAGGAAACUGUCUUCUCACCACAGUUUACGAAACAAAACAAACACUUUCUUAGGAAAAAAGCCUCAUCCUUUUUCCGCAACAAGCUCAGAUACCAAUGCAAGUUUAGUUUUACCUCUGUAGAUCUGACCCAUGUGGGAAUCUCAAAAAAAGAAAGCAUUUUGAAUUCUGGGGUUUUGUUUUGGUAUAUUGGUCACUGGACAAGUGGAGAGAUUGCUGUUGGGGUCAUGGGUUCCAAUGGUAGCAAAGCCACUUAUUCGUCUUCUUCGGGGAGUUUAAGGAAGGCUCCAUCUAAGGGCCUUAGAGUUUUUCAAUCUUAUUGUCUUGGAAAUACCUCUGGUUCUCACGAGAGUGAUGAUGAAGACCAGGUUUGUGAUCAGAGUAAAGUAAAUGGCAGUGAUGUUACAUAUGCUGGUGGCAAUGUAACAAAUUCAGAUGAGGUGAAAACAGAGUCAUUUAGAAAGGUUAAAGCUAGUGGAAUAACUUGUAUGCCUUCUAACAUUGAUCUUCAUGAAUGGAAAGAAACAAACGUCCCCAACACUUCAUCCAGUACUGCUAGCAGCUCUAGUAUUCAUGAUUCUUCAACACGUUCCUUGAACCCUACAAGUCAUUUCCUUUCUCAGUUUAGCCUCAUUCCUGGUAAUGUAAGCUUUAGAUUUAGCCGAACCACCAGUUUGGGGUCAUCACGGCCUUGUCCUGUUUCUUCUGCAAGUCUUUCAAUAUUUGACAAUGAAGACGAGCGUAAUCUCCAUUCCAGAUCUCCUGAAAGUUUGAUUAACAGAAAUGAAGCACAACAAUGUAAUACCCUGCUUCCUGCGUCCUUUUCCAAUCAAAUACAUGCACAAUGUCAUGAACAUUCUUCUAAUAAUUUAAGGUCGAAUGUUCCAACAUCAGGUACACUUGGAAACUUACAGAGAAAUCCCACAGAUGGAGUUCACACUAGAGAAGGGCUAGAUGUGAGCUUAUUUUCUCCAAGAAUUCAAACAGAGACAGAAAUUGUUGACACUAGACAUAUCAAUCCCCGAAAUGGUGCCCGAGAAUCAGUUGAACAGAAUGUUCAUUUUAGCCGAACAUUUAGUGUUGGAAGGCUUCGAGACAGAGUUCUUCGUCGAUCAACAUUUUCUGACCUCACCUUUUGGCCUCUGCCACAGGGGAGAGAGCUGAGAGAUGCUACCCUGCCUAGCCAGGAUAGUGACAGGCAAGCAGUGGAGGGAGAUUCAAGAGUGUCACCAUCUAAUCUUAGUACCAUUGAUUCUUCUACAUCUAGUGUGUCUAGCUCCAUGUUUAGUAUCCGAGACUACGAGGUGGAGACUUCACGAUUGAGAGAAGGUAGGUAUCAGGAUCUCCUGGAGCAUAGGUCCAAUUUCCUUGAACGGAGAAGAAGAAUACGGUCCCAGGUUCGCACUCUUCAGCGGUUGGGUAAUCGCUUUGAAAAUCUUUCUGGACAUGAUAGAUCGUGUAUCUUGUCUGGUCAACAUAGAAGUGGUCGUUGUACAUGCCAAAUCAAUAAUCGUGAAACUAAUUCAAAUGAUGGUACCGGUGCUAGAGCUAGCAUAUCAAGGAUUAUUAUGCUUGCUGAAGCCUUAUUUGAGGUUCUGGAUGAAAUUCACCAACAAUCUGUUGUUUUAUCUUCCCGCCCAUCUGAAUCUUCUAUUGGAUCCGUUCCUGCACCGAAGUAUGUCGUUGAUUCCUUGCCUGUCAAGUCAUAUGAGAAGUUGCACAAGCAUCAAGAGGAUGGUGCACAAUGCUAUAUAUGCCUUGUGGAGUAUGAGGAUGGAGACAACAUGCGAGUACUGCCGUGCCAUCACGAAUUUCAUAGAACAUGUAUAGAUAAGUGGCUGAAGGAGAUUCACAGGGUAUGUCCACUUUGUAGAGGGGACAUAUGCAUAUCCGAUUCAACACCAGCAACAGAGAACUGGAGUGGCUAG